GAUUUUUUUUAAACUCAGAUUCUGUGCAGGGCUGGUAUUUUUGGCUUCGUUGUUAAAUAAACCACUCCUCCCGUACGGUUCGGCACCCAUCCCGGGAUUCCUGUAGGAGCCGCCCCGGGGCGCUCCCGGCUCUGCCCGCCUCUGGCCCCGCCCCCGCGAGCAUUCCGACCAAUCGCAGCGCCCGCCUGGCCGAGGCCCCGCCCCCGCCCUCCUGCCCAGCCAAUGGGAGGCGGGCUCGGCGCCGAGGUUGCCGCGGUGACGGCGGCGGGCGCGCCGUGCCCGCGGGAGGGACGCGGGUCCCGCGGCAGCGAUGGAGCCGAGCCUGGCACGCGUGGAUUACCUGCAGGUGGGAGUCACGGCGCAGAAGACGAUGAGGCUGCUGCCCGCCUCCGGGAAGAAGGCCACGCAGAAGGUGGUUGUUGGAGAUCAGGAUGGGGUCGUUACAUGUUUUGGCAUAAAAAAGGGGGAAGCUGUGCCAGUGUUCAAGACACUGCCAGGACAAAAGAUCUCCAGACUGGAGCUGGGAGGAGCUCUUAAUACACCACAGGAGAAAAUUUUUGUGGCUACUGGAUCCGAUGUCAGAGGUUUCACAAAAAGAGGGAAGCAGUUUCUUUCCUUUGAAACUAACCUUGCUGAAAGUAUCAAAGCUAUGUACAUUUCAGGAGCAGAUCUCUUUCUCUGUGCAAGCUACAUCUAUAACCAUUACUGUGACUGCAAGGACCAGCACUACUUCCUAUCAGGAGAUAAAAUCAAUGAUGUUCUCUGCCUUCCUGUAGACAAAGUGAACUGCAUCACACCGGUGCUUGCGUGUCAGGACAGAAUCCUCAGGGUGCUACAGGGAUCUGAUUUGCUGUAUGAAGUAGAACUUCCUGGACCACCUACUGUUCUUGCUCUGAGCAAUGGCAAUGGGGGUGAUUCUGGGGAAGAGAUUGUGUACGGGACUUCUGAUGGGAAAUUGGGUCUCACCCAGAUUACUGGUACCAAGGCAAUACCAAGGUGGGAAAUUGGAAAUGAAAAGAAGAGAGGAGGUAUUCUGUGUAUUGAUAGUUUUGACAUCCUGGGAGAUGGAGUUAAGGAAUUACUUGUUGGACGAGAUGAUGGAAUGAUAGAGAUUUAUAAUUUUGAGAGUGCUGAUGAUCCUGUCCUUCGACAUGAUUAUGCUUUAUCAGAGAGCAUUGCAUCAAUCCAGGGCGGCUGUGUGGGAAAAGAUGGCUAUGAUGAAAUUUUAGCAGCAACAUACUCAGGCUGGCUGACAGGACUGACUACAGAACCUGUCCAUAGAGAAGGUGGAUCAGGUGAAGAACUAAAAUUAAGCCAAGAAAUGCAGAGCAAGAUUUCAUCCUUAAGGAAUGAAUUGGAACAAUUGCAGAUAAAAGUACUUCACGAACGGGAGAAAUACCAGCAGUCCUCUCAAUCCAGCACUGCAGUUUCCUCAGUACCUGCCUUCAGUGUGAAUGACAAGUUCACACUGAACAAGGAUGAUGCCAGCUACAGCCUCAUCUUGGAGGUGCAGACAGCCAUAGAUAAUGUCCUGGUGCAGAGUGAUGUCCCACUAGACCUGCUGGAUGUGGAUAAAAAUUCUGCUGUUGUCAGUUUUAGCAGCUGUGAUUCUGAGCCAAAUAGCAACUUUCUUCUUGCAACUUACAGAUGCCAAGCAAAUACUACAAGACUUGAACUUAAGGUUCGCUCGAUUGAAGGACAGUACGGGACACUCCAGGCAUAUGUAACUCCCAGAAUUCAACCAAAAACCUGUCAAGUUCAUCAAUAUCAAAUUAAGCCACUUUCACUUCACCAAAGAACUCAUUCUAUUGAUGAGGACAGGCCCAUGAAUACACUGAUACUCAAAGGCCAGUUCAGUUUUGCUGAAAUUCACUCCUGGGUUGUGUUUUGCUUGCCUGAGGUGCCUGAAAAGACUCCUGCUGGAGAGUGCAUCACCUUCUAUUUUCAGAACACUUUCCUGGGAACACAGCUUGAAAGUACCUACAGAAAAGGUGAGGGAUAUUUUAAAUCUGACAACAUCUCUACAAUAUCCAUCCUCAAAGAUGUGCUUUCCAAAGAGGCUACUAAAAGGAAGAUUAAUCUCAACAUAUCAUAUGAUGUAAAUGAAGAAUCUGUGAGGCACACAUUAAAGCUUAUCCACCCUAAAUUAGAGUAUCAGCAGCUUCUGGCCAAGAAGGUUCACUUAAUAGAUGCUUUGAGAGAAUUACAAGUUCAUGAAGGCAACGUGGACUUCCUGCUCCCAAAAUACCGCAGCAUUUUGGAAGAGGCAGAUCAGCUGCUCGAGGAAUACAAGAGACAGCCUGCACAUCUCGAGAGACUUUAUGGUAUGAUCACAGAUCUCUUCAUAGAUAAAUUUAAAUUUAAAGGCACCAAUGUGAAAACCAAAGUUCCUCUCCUUCUGGAAAUUCUGGAUGGCUGUGAUCAAGAUGGAUUGAUUGCUUUUUUUGAUGCUGCCUGACAAGGAAAAAGAUAUUUUUCUGGUUUUAACCAGGGCAUUUCAGUAUCAAGUUAAAAACACUUACUCUUUCGUUGUAUUGUCAGCUCUUAGGUUUCAUUCAUAUUUAUUAUCAUAUUGGAUACAGUAGUAAACUUUAUAUAAACUGUUGUGUAUAUUAACUCUUCAGAGGUUUUAUGUACAGUGUUAAUAGCUCAAGAAAAAUCAGAUGUAAAUACCAAAUAUCCUUUUGGCAAAAAUGUUUUCACUGCUCUUAAAGAUGACAGUAGCCUGUCCCCAAGCUGCAAGAAUGGAUGAAGAUAUUUCCUAGGGACUUGGAUGGAUUUGGAAGAAAUCAGUGUGUUUAAGCUGUACCUAACUUAGUUUAUCCUGUUGUGUUGAGAAUGUGGUGUGAGAAUCUCACCAGACUUGAUGUAGCUGGUGUGUGCAGAGGGGGAAGAACUCUCAGUUUUAGACUGACAGCUCCAUUUAAAGCCACGUUUAUUUAGGAAUGGAUGGCAUUAAACUUCCUCAGUGCUUCUUCAGCCUCCCUGUGCUUCAUUUCAAAACUCCAUC